AUGAGUUCAGUCGCCUUCGGGGAGAAGUGUGGCACAAUAAAGAGAAGUGACUCCACGAUAAAAUUGAAAAAAACUAAAAUUGCUAGAGGAUGUGAAAUAAUAACGAGAGAAGACUUUGUGGAAAAAAAAAAACGAAAGGAAGAGGAAGUAAAACAAGAAAAGGAAAGGACUACUAGGAAGAAACUUAAAACAAAAGAGAUACAAAAAGAACCGGAAGAAAUGGACCAAAUCAAAAAACCAAACUGUAUAAAAUCAACUAACGAAAGUAAAGUAAAAAAAGUAAUAUCUCAUAAGAGCAUACCAAAGAAAAAAAAAAAAAGUGCAGCUAAAAAUUCUAAAAAAAGGGUCAAAGAUCAAAAGAAGCGUUAUGAUUCCAGCGAAUCUCAAGAUGAAUCAGUUAUUAUAUUAGAUCUGUCUGAUUCAGCUGAAUUGUCAUGUCAAAAUUUUGAUUGCUAUCGUGAAAAUAUUUUAGCGGAAAUGGAAAACGAUGUCGAUUUUAUCGAAGAUUUGUACACGGAAGAAAAAGAAAAUGACAAAACUUACUUAAAUAAUGAUGCGAAUGUUACAGUUAAUGACAAAUUUAAAUCAAAUGUAGGCAGUAGGAACCCAGAAAUUAAUGAUUGGGUAUUAGUAUGA